UGACUGUGCGUUCUGCCGCAUGCACGGACGUGUGCGCCGCACGAGCAGAUACGAGAAGGACGGGUUCAGCAUGGGCGGCGGGGGCGGCAGCGCUGACUACGCGUACAUGCUCCUCUUCGGCUUCGUGUGCAUCGAGGCGUCGCUGCUGCUUCUCUUCUACCAGCCCUUCAUGAUCUUCACGGAGGCAAUCAUGUUCUAUAUCUGCUACGUCUGGAGCCGGAAAAACCCCGGCAUGUCGGUCAGCUUCUGGGGCAUUCACAUAAACGCUCUGUACGUCCCCUGGGUGAUGAUCGCGAUGAGGGUGGCUAUCGGCGCGAGCAUCUUCAUGGCCCUCCUCGGCAUCGCGGUCGGCCACCUCUUCUACUUCCUCGUCGACGUGCUGCCGGACCUGCACGAAAUCGAUCUGCUCCAGACACCCCAGUUCCUGGUCAACAUGCUGGGCUGGGGCCGCGAGGGAUCGGGCGUCACGAUGCAAGCAGGUGGCGGAGGGGCGGCGGCGGGUGCUAGGGCAGGGGCUGCCGGGGUGCCCGCCCCGGGUGUCGUUCGACCGCCGCGGGACAUCCCUCGAACCGGGGGAGGGUCGGGUUGGGGGACCGGGAGGACGCUAGGCUCUUCCUGACCUAACUUCGAAGAACCCACCGAAGAAAAGCGAGCCUUUCGCUGCCCAGACUGUGUGGCAGAUUGCCGUUCUGAGCAGUGAAAUAUUUCGGACCGACUUUGUGUAACAUUCCGUGCAUGCAUGGUGGGGUGGUGGGCACUCUUGUAUUGCCUCUU